GCAAUCCCAGCAUGCACCGCGGCCGCCCAGCAGAAGCAGUAGCAAAAAAAAUAGUCCGCUAAACUAGAGGCCGAGAACAGCAAGCAGUUAGCUUUACUGGCUAAUUUCCACGAGUCAAUCUACACCUCAACUGCUAAACAUGGCCGACGAGAAACUGGACAACCAACGACUGAAGAAUUUCAAGAACAAGGGACGGGAUUUGGAGACUAUGAGAAGACAGCGGACGGAGGUCGUGGUGGAGCUCCGAAAGAAUAAAAGAGAUGAACACCUCUUGAAGAGAAGAAAUGUGCCCCACGAAGACAUUUGUGAGGACUCGGACGUCGAUGGAGAUUUCCGAUCGCAAAACACCUCCCUUGAAGCAAUAGUGCUAAACGCCACCAGUGAUAACCAGGGUGUCCAGCUGAGUGCUGUUCAGGCUGCCAGGAAAUUACUGUCCAGUGACCGCAACCCACCCAUAGAUGACCUGAUUAAGUCUGGGAUCCUUCCUAUUCUGGUCCACUGUCUGGACAGAGAUGACAACCCUUCUCUUCAGUUUGAGGCAGCCUGGGCUUUAACCAACAUUGCAUCUGGUACCUCAGAGCAGACCCAAGCUGUGGUGCAGUCCAAUGCCGUGCCACUGUUCUUGAGGCUGCUUCUCUCCCCACAUCAAAAUGUGUGUGAACAGGCGGUCUGGGCUUUGGGCAACAUCAUCGGCGAUGGGCCGCAAUGCAGAGACUACGUGAUCAGCCUGGGUGUCGUCAAGCCACUGCUGUCAUUCAUCAGUCCCUCCAUACCCAUCACCUUCCUCCGCAAUGUCACCUGGGUUAUGGUCAAUCUGUGCCGCCAUAAAGACCCUCCCCCACCAAUGGAGACCAUCCAAGAGAUCUUGCCAGCUCUCUGUGUGCUGAUCCACCACACUGACGUCAGUAUCUUGGUGGACACCGUGUGGGCUCUGUCCUAUCUGACAGAUGCUGGUAAUGAGCAGAUCCAAAUGGUUAUUGACUCCGGCAUUGUUCCUCUUUUGGUACCACUGCUCAGCCACCAGGAGGUCAAAGUCCAGACCGCUGCCCUGAGGGCUGUGGGCAACAUAGUGACUGGCACAGAUGAACAGACACAGGUUGUGCUUAACUGUGAAGCUCUCAACCACUUCCCCGCUCUCUUGUCACACCCGAAGGAGAAAAUCAACAAGGAGGCAGUUUGGUUCCUGUCAAACAUUACAGCAGGGAAUCAGCAACAGGUUCAGGCUGUUAUUGACGCUAAGCUUGUUCCCAAGAUUAUUCACCUUCUCGAUAAGGGUGACUUUGGAACCCAGAAGGAAGCGGCUUGGGCCAUCAGCAACCUUACAAUAAGUGGGAGAAAAGAUCAGGUGGCGCAUCUGAUCGAGAAGCAGGUGAUCCCACCGUUCUGCAACCUGCUUACGGUGAAGGACGCCCAGGUUGUGCAGGUGGUCUUGGACGGUCUCAGCAAUAUCCUGAAGAUGGCAGACGACGAGGCUGAAACGAUUGCUAAUCUCAUUGAGGAGUGUGGAGGUUUGGAGAAAGUGGAGCAGCUGCAGAAUCAUGAAAAUGGAGACAUCUACAAGCUAGCAUAUCAAAUUAUUGAUCAAUUUUUCUCAUCUGAUGAUAUUGAUGAAGACAACAGCCUGGUCCCCGAAGCCAUCCAGGGUGGAACUUACGGCUUUAACUCUGCCAACGUGCCAGCCGAGGGAUUCCAGUUCUAGACAGCAUCCUGGGGUAUUCUGGAGUUUUGUUCGCGAUGCAGCAGUCUGUUCAACAUAUAAAAAAAAAAUAGGAGAGAGAGCGAGAGUGUGAGAUAUUUGAUCCAUUGUGCUUGGCUCGUGGGAUCCAUGGCUGCAUCUUAUCUGAGAGAAAAAUGUGUGGAUUUCAUUUGGCAUUCCAGGGGGAACCAGCCCAAAUGAAGUUUGAGUUGGCGAGUGGGUGCGAGUGAGAAUGAGUGGCUACAUGUUGCAAAAAAAAAAAACACACACAGAGGAAAAAAAAAGCAAAACACCUACAUCGAAAGAGUGGAGAGACAUGCCGACAUAACUGGUUAUUGGAGCUGUCGUCUUCAGAAAAAGUACUAUGAGGAAACUUCAUGUCUGCCCGAGGAGAACCAAGAGAUCUGGAAAUCUUAACACGACAAAAUGCAGACAUGUAUCGAACUACAAUUACGAACUGAGAUGAACCACGAAUCACAACAAUUCUGCGUUCCUCCCCCACUAGAGAGCGCCACCUUCAUUCUGCCCUUCCCCUAAUCGGCCACACUAUCAGGCGUGUGUGAAUGGACCCAUUGCGUAUGAAUGUCUGGACUCAAUGCUGAGGAGCCAGGUUCAUCUCCUCCCAACAAGACGUCCCGACAGGGCACCAUCCUCUUCUCCCCCUGGGGGGCGGGGCCAGGAGUGCGACUGCGCGUGUCACGUGUGCAAGAGAGAGAGAGAGCGAGAGAAUGGGCGGGUGGGUUGUGUGUGCUUGGCUGCGUGCGUGACUGGAAGUGUGCGAACGCAUGCGGAGACGGGGAAAAGCUACGAAUGCAACAUCUUGAAGAGACAACAAUUGAGAAACAGUGAGGUUUAGAAAAGAUUUCGAGAAAGAAGUUCGGCCUUUGAGGCCGAUCCUCAAAUCCUUGAAAGAAAGAACUUUGGAUAUGAGAAGAAGAAAAAAAGAAAUCGUCAUUGCAAGGAAUAUUUUGUUUUCAUUUAUUGUUAAGUUAGUAUUAAUUGACACUGGACAUUGCUAUUGGCAGAUGCACAGAUGUGGUGCAUUAUAUAUUAAGAUGCAUUUGGUGGCUUUGGGGCUUUUUUUUGCCUCCAGUGUGUUCCUUUUUAUGCAAUAUUUUUUUUAAUUUUAUUUCUGGCUUUUAUUUUAAUUGCUUUUGUCAAGGUGAUUGACGGCGAUCAUCAAGUCACCCCUCACAACACAACCCUAAAGCUAUGCCACCAGACAUGCUGUGAAAUUGACACCAUUGUUAUAAUUAACAAAAUGUUCAGUUAGACUUAGAACAAUUUUUAAUUACAGCAAAACAAAACAAAAAAAUCACUGCUUUGCAGAAUUGUUGCCAUAGCUUUGACUAAUGAUCAUGAAAGGGAGAAGUGAACAAUGGCCAUUUCAUGUAGGAUUGUGACUCUCAUAACCUUUGCAUGUACUCAAAUAUGGCACAGAUUUUUUUAGGGUCUUUUAGUUUUCCUUAGGCUGUGGAUACAGUGUAAUUUUCUUUUAAGUAAACUGUGCUUAAAUGUUACAUGUUUCCCCUUCCUUUUACCCCCCCUACAUUAGUGUCUCAAUUGCAAAACUCAUCUGUAUGACUUUGCACACGUACUGCAAAUCGAGGUCUCCCAUCUUUCUGAAGAUAGGUUGGUUGAUUUCAAAGCAUUUGACUUAUCAGCCACGUCCCUAGUAUGCAUCACUUCAACACAAUCUUUGUCUUUUUGAAGAGUAAUCAAGAAUUUUUUUUAGGGAUAGCUGAGAAAACAACCAUGUUUUUAAGCGCUGCAGUGACUUAUAUCGGCUAGUCGACGAAAUCGGCUAAACCUUUUUUUUUUGUCCUAUUCAAGGUCCCAGGGUAUCCAAGUGUCCAACUGACAAAGGCCUUAGUGGAACCUUUUGAAUCCAUAAUUAAAUUAUGUAUCUUCAGUACCUUGGGAGUCUUCAUCGCCCCAUGUUCAUAUUUCCUUCCAACUAAGUGUACAAACUUAACUACUCCAGUUUUUGUGUUAAACCCACUGAGACACUGUAAUAAAAAGAUCAUUACA